UGGAUAGCCUAUGGCUGCCUGUAGUCGGUUGUAAGUCUUGGCCGACUGAAGUUGUGUUGUACAAUUUGGGUUCCUUUUAGUGUAUGGGAUUAGAGCUCCGUCGUAGUUAGGUAGAGGGGAAGAUGGGGGUUGGUGACGAUAUUGCACCACGGUUUACACAGAAGCCGGUACUGAAACAAGAAGAUGGCGGCAAACGUCUGGUGUUUCAGUGUACGCUGGAGGCCUCUCCGAAACCCAGCAUACAAUGGUUCCAGGGAACUACACCAGUUCCGGAAUCGGACAGAAUUCGUAUGCGCGUGGAAUCUGCCGGUGGAAGUAAAUAUAAUAUCAUGAUGGAUAUAAUUGGAGUCACGCAAGCCGACGCGGGAGCUUACAAAGUCGUGGCUAAAAAUAAACUCGGAGAGGUUUCUGCUUCUAUCAAUCUGAACUUUGGUGCUAAACAAGGCCAGAAACAACAAGAUGGAAUUGCUCCCAACUUUAUACAGAAGCCUGUUACCAAGCAGGCAGACAAUGGACGUAAACUGUUGUUUGAAUGUCAACUGACAGCCGACCCUGCUCCGGAGAUCACAUGGUUCAGGGACGAUACUUUGAUCAAGGCUGGUGAUCGUAUCAAAAUUACUACCAGUCCACAGGACCAGAAGAAAUACUUUAUUGUACUGGAAAUUGAUGGAGUCAAUGCAAAGGAUGCUGGAAACUAUCGGGUUACAGCUAAGAAUGCUCUCGGAGAGAGCAAUGCUACAAUCAGGCUUAAUUUUGACAGUGAAGAGAAGAAAGCUCAGGGUCAGAAACCCAUAUUCACUCAGAAACCUGUCAUCAAACAGGCAGGAGACAAAAUCGUGUUCGAGUGUAAAUUGUCUGCCGACCCAAAACCAACGAUUGUGUGGUACCAGGGCACAAAAAUAAUAAAGGAUGGAGGGCGCCACAAGACGACAGUUAGUGCUAACAAGAACGAUUACACUGUGUGUCUGGAGAUAGCCAACCCUGCCAAGGAAGAUGGUGGGGAGUACAAGGCCGUGGCUAAGAACACCCUUGGCGAGUCCACUGCCACCAUAACACUCAACUUUGAAGUGACCAAAACUAAAAGUAUAUGUGUUAUGAUGGAAGGAAAGAAAGCAGCAGCCCCGGAGGGAAAGGCUCCCCAUUUCCUACAGAAACCAUCCAUCAAGCAGGAGAAAGCUAUGCUGGUGAUGACUUGUAACCUCGAGGCCAAGCCGAUUCCCAAGAUACGAUGGUUCCGCGAGACCCAGGAGAUCAGUGAUGGGGGCCGUUAUAGUGUAACCCUCACACCAGUUACAGGCGUGUCUGACAGCUACACAGCCAUGUUACAGAUCAAGGAUCCUCAGACAGAAGAUGGCGGAUCGUACAAGUGUACUGCAGCCAACGACCUUGGUGAAUCUAACGCCAACAUCACCCUUAACUUCCAGGGUGGUGCCAAGCCAAAGCCAGCCGGGACGGCCCCUACGUUCACGGACAAACCAGUGGUGAACCAGGAGAACAAGAACCUCUCUAUAGAAUGUAAUUGUACGGCUAACCCCAAGCCUAUCGUCACCUGGUUCAAGGACGGCAGAAUCAUCACUCAAAACUUCCGCUACAAGAUGAGGACAACCAAUAAGGGAGACGAACACCAACUAUUUUUGGAUGUCAUGAGUUUCACAGCAAAGGACAGUGGACAGUACAAGGUCACAGCCAAGAAUGACCACGGCGAGGGUAAUGCCACAGUCACAGUAAACCUGGAGGGGUUGAAAAAGAGACCAAAGGAAGCCCCUCCCAUGAUGAAGGGCCCACCUUCCAUAAAGCUUGAGGAUGGAGGAAAGCGCCUCGUCAUGGAGAUCAAGGUUGCGUCUGCCUCCAAGCCUACAGCAAUGUGGUACUUUGGGAACAAGCCAAUCAAAUCUGGAGGUCGCUACUUCCUAGACAUGGCCCAUGAAAAUGACUGCUACUUUUCUGUCAUGGAAAUCACCAAUCCCUCUGACCUUGACUCGGGAGAUUACAAAUGUGUUCUGAAGAAUCCAGGAGGGGAGGCAACUGCCACAGCCAAAGUCAACUUCAAAGCCCUUCAGCCAAAGACCCAAGUUGAAGGACCAAAGUUUUCACAGAAGCUGUCUCCAAAGAAUGUCAUCGACGGGGAUGCUGUCGACCUUAUCGCCAAGGUGACCGGUACGGAACCAAUCACUGUCACAUGGAUCAAAGAUAAUAAGCCUCUUGCUGCCUCCGAUGUGUACAAAAUCUCCUAUGACAAGGGAACGUGUCGUCUUUACUUUCCUGAGGUGUACCCUGAGGAUGCCGGCAACUAUCAGGUGGAGGUCAAGAACACUGCAGGUUCAGCUAUGUGUAUGGCAAGCCUGUCUGUCAAAGACAAUCCACAGCAGGACCAAAAGGACAAGAAGGACAAGAAAGAGGAAGACCCUAAAGCUAAACAACCUGAGGCAAAGCCCGCCCCUCAGAUCAAGGAACCUGAACAACAAGAAUCUAAAGUGCAACCACCAGCUAUCAUAGAACCAGGCGAUAAUAAAGCUAAAAAAGCAGAAGAAAUUGACGGCGGACCAAACACUGAUGAUGGUUAUGAAGCGGACGAUGAUCGUCCAAACAUUCCACUGAUCAUGAUGGAAGACUAUGAGCAAACCAGUGCUGCGAAGCAGGAUGAUGGCUACGAACCGGAGGGGCCAAAAAAGAUCCAGAAGCCGAUCAAGGUUGAUGGUCCUACGCACACCUUCGCUAACAAGUUGGAAAAUCAAGUCAUUGUGGAAGGUGACCCUAUCCAAGUCGACCUUGAGAUCAAUGUUCAAGAUGGAGCUGCAUCGCCUGUCGUGCGGUUCAUGAAGGGAAAGCGUGAAAUGAAGAAUGACUCCCGCACCAACAUUGUGCAGGGAAAGGCUUCAGCAAAAUUUGUAAUGCAAAAAUCAAGAUUUGCAGACGAGGCCAAAUAUACAGCCCAACUCAUGCAAGAUGGCGUCAAAGUCGACGAAAUUACAUGGAGCGUCUUUGUAAAAGAUCCCAAAGACUCCAGCUUGGACUUCAGGAACCUUUUGAAACAUAGGCAAAAGAAGAAGAAGGACAGCUCAGAGGAGGACCCGGACUGGGGAAAUCUCAAGCCAGAUGGCAACUUCGACAAAAAGAGACGUCCCUCCCAGAUUGAGAUGAUGAAGGCAAACCUGAAGAAAAUCGAGAAGACGGGAAGUGACAGCGAGGAUGAAAAGCCGGGUAGCCAGACUUCCUCAAGGAGAGGCUCGUUAUUAAUUGAUAAAGUGGAAAGAACUGCCUUUGAGAGUGUCAGCAUGGCUCAGAAAAGGGCCUCUGUCGAAUCAUUGACGAUAGAGCAGGCCACCUCUACCAUGAAAAUGACCAAAAGGGCCUCAGUUGAAACAGUUGAGGUAGAGCAGUCAAAGUUGAAAAUAGGCAAGGGAAAGAUACCAGCAGCUGAGGCAGAGGAAGAAACUGUCACUCUGAAAAAAGUUCCGAAACAAGAAGCAACAUCGAAAAAAACUUCAGUUGGAGCUGAAGAGGAUAGUGGGCCAUCAGGUCCAUUCCUCAAACCAAAAAGGUCCCUUAUCCCUGGUGAUGCUGAAUCUCAAACUGGUCCAUUCGUCAAGCUUAAAAAGUCCUCUAUUAGUAAACUGGAGCUGGAGGAAAAGACAUCGGGCGACAAAGGUCAGAAGACGGAUAAGAAGAAGAAGGAGUCCACUACGGAACAGGCCCAGCAGAUGUUUGGUGUAACGCUGAAGGGAAGAAAAGGGAAGGACCAGGAUGAAGGCAUCGUAGACUUUGGUGUCCAUCUCAAGAGCUUUGGAAAACAUAAGGAGCCGGAUAAGUUCUUGGAGGAUCUUGAAGACAUCAAGACUAUGGAGGGUGAAAAGAUGGUUCACUUCACCUGCGGGUUCUGUAAACCUAAUGCAAUGGUCAAAUGGUUCAAAAACAAACUAGAAAUCUUCAAUGGUCAUAAAUACCAUUUUGAAAACGAAGAUCAAGAGUACAUUUUGGAUAUACAGAAUGUGAAGUUGGAAGAUGCUGGAAAAUAUACCCUAGAAUGCAACGGAAUCAAGUCAUCAGCUUGGCUCUAUGUCGAAGCUAAGGAGCCUGAGUAUGACUUCACCCAGAAACUGCCUGCAAAAUAUGAAAUCACUCGUAUGAAGGACGGUGUGCUUGAGUGCUUUGUUUCGGACCCGAGGGCAAAGGUGAAAUGGUUCAAGAAUGGCGAACCAAUUGAAUACACCCCUGGUAAACUGGAGAUCCAGAGACGUGAGAACAGGUGUAUGUUAAAAAUCAUCAACGCAAAUUCUGACGAUGAAGCCGAUUACACCUGUACUUGUGGUGACGCGUCAACCUUCUGUAAAUUGGCUGUUACAGAACCGGAGUGGGACUUCAUGAAAAAGCUGGAUGACAUCGAGGCUAUGGAGAGAGACAAGUGUUACUUUGAAUGUGAUGUCAGUGACCCAGAGGCUGAGGUCAAGUGGUAUAAAGGAAAGUCAGACAAGGAGUUGCCAUCUGGUGGUAAAUACGAGAUCAUAAAGGAUGGAAUGAAGCGCCGCCUGGUGAUAAAAAAUUGUAGCAUGAAGGAUGGUGGAAAGUACACAUGUAAAGUUCUGACUAAGGAAACAACGGGAGAACUCUUCAUUGAACCUGACAUCAAGUUCUUCAAGAAACUUGAGGAUAAGAAAGAGAAAGAGAAGGGAACUCUUAUAUUGGAAUGUAAAGCAUCUAAUCCACACAACCAACCUGUACAAUGGCUUCUCAACGGCAAACCAGUGGACAAGGAUGACUCGAGGGUGGAGAUUACCAAGAAAGGAGAACAAAACAAAAUGGUUAUCAAAAACCUGAAGCAGGAAGACAGUGGUCAGUACACGUGCCAGGUCGGGGAGAGGCCCUGUCGUUGUAACGUCACAGUGGACGAACUGCCCAAACCACCCAAAGUGGAUCCAGCAUUCAUCCCAGAGGAGAUUGUUGUGAAAAGAGGAGAAACUAUUGCAAUGGCUAUUCCUUUUGUUGGCACUCCCAAACCAUUUGCGUCCUGGAAGAAGGAUGGUACUGGUCUGAGUGAGGCUGAUACUGACAUUGAGACAGCUGACAAAGUAGCCAAGCUUAACAUCCCUAACGCACAACGAACUGACACAGGAGGGUACGAACUCACCCUCACCAACGAGGUUGGCACCGAGGUUAUCCCCAUCAAUGUCAGGGUUCUUGAUGUACCUGGGCGUCCCCAGGGCCCUCUGGAUGUGGUAGAUGUGUACUGCGACCGCUGUGCUCUCCUUUGGGACCACCCUAAGGAGGACGGAGGCUGCCCCAUUAAGCAUUACAUUGUGGAGAUGAAGGAUGCCGACAAGGACGCGUGGGAGCAGGUCUGUACCACCGAGGACCUGGAGAUUGACGUUUCUGACCUCAAACCAGGACACCGCUACCAGUUCAGAGUGAAAGCCGUUAACGAGCAGGGAGUCAGUGAGCCACUCACUGCUGAUGGAGAGAUUAUUGCUAAAGAUCCAUGGGAUCCCUCUGAUCCCCCUGGUGAACCAUCAAUUCUUGACUAUGACAAAGACUAUGUAGAGCUUGCCUGGGCUCCUCCCAAGAACGAUGGAGGUGCUCCUAUUGAGAAGUAUGUCAUUGAGAAGAGAGAAAAAGGAAAGGACAAAUGGGAUAAGGGUGUGGAAGUACCAGGCAGUGAUUGCCAGGGCACGGUGGAAGGUCUUGUUGAGGGCAAAGAUUAUGAGUUUCGUAUUAUGGCCAAGAACAAAGGAGGCUUGUCUGAGCCCAGUGUGGUGUCACCACCAGUCACAACCAAGGCCAGGCGAGUGAAGCCUAGGAUUAUGGACAAAGACAAGCUGAUGCAAGUGCGUGUGAAGGCCCCUAAGGAGUUUGCGAUAGCGUUGGAGUACGUCGGGGAACCAGUACCAGAAGUCAAGUGGACCAGAAAGCUAUUGGCUGAUCUUAAGAAGAAGGACGAUAAGACGGAGACCGUUGAGUCUGGAGGUGACGUGGUUGUCAACAACAGCGUCCCAAAGAAGUCCAAUAUCACCUACAAACAGACCGUGAGGAAGGAUACUGGCAUGUACACCUGUACCGUGGGCAAUAAACACGGUUCCGACUCCGUCACCGUGGAAGUCGUGGUGCUUUCACCACCUACCAGACCUGAGGGUCCACUGGCUGUCAAGGACGUGACAAAGGACAGUGUAACACUUGAGUGGAAGGCUCCAAAGGAUAACGGUGGCAAUGACGUCAAAGGCUACAAAGUUGAGAAGUAUGAUACCAAGAAGGGCCGCUGGGAGCCUGUAAAGGAUCUGGUUAAAGGAACCAGUCUGACUGUUCCAAAAUUACAAGAAGGUCAUGACUACAAGUUCAGAGUUGUUGCUGUCAGUGAUAAUGGCGAGAGCGAACCCCUGGAAACUGAGGAACCUGUCACAGCCAAAAAUCCGUUUGACGAACCCUUCCCACCUGGCCAGCCCCAAGUUGCCGACCAAAACAGGGACCACAUCACCAUAAAGUGGGAACCACCAGAGAGCGAUGGUGGCAACCCUAUUCAGGGCUACAAUGUUGAGAGAAAAGAACCAAAGAGCAACCGCUGGGUCAAGGUCAACAGGGACCCUGUCAAGGAUUUAGAGUUUGAAGAUGCGAAGGUUGUUGAUGGGAAGGAAUAUGAAUACAGGGUGAUGGCAGUGAAUGAGGCUGGCACCUCUGAGCCGAGUGUGGCUUCCAAACCCAUCUGUGCCAAACCCACCAAAGAGGCUCCCAAAGUCAACUUGGAUGCCCUGUAUGGUGCAAAGGAAAUUCGUGUGAGGGCUGGUGAGCCCCUUAACAUCAAACUGGGUAUCUCUGGAGCCCCAACCCCUACUGUCACCUGGCAGAAAGAUGGCCGCCCUCUUACACCUAGGGCUGGAACUUCAAACAAUGAGGAUUCUGCAAAAUUGAAUGUGCCUAAGGCAGAGAGAGGUGAUACAGGUAAAUACACCGUGACAGUGUCCAAUGAGAGUGGUACACACUCCGCCGACAUCCCCGUUGUUGUUCUGGAUGCGCCUGGGGCUCCGGAGGGACCCCUUGAUGUCAGUGAUGUGUUUGCAGAAAGCUGUCUGUUGUCAUGGAAGAAACCAGAGGACAAUGGAGGAGCAGAUGUCACAGAUUACAUUGUUGAGAAAUGUGAGGAAGGCAGUACUACUUGGGAGAAGGUCCCCGGUAUUGUCAAGGGCACCUCCCACCCUAUCAAGGGGCUCAAGGAGGGCAAAAAGUACAAGUUCCGUGUCAAGGCCGAGAACAUGUACGGAGUUAGUGAGCCUCUGGAGACUACUAAACCUACACUGGCCAAGAAUCCUUAUGAUACCCCUGAUGCACCAAGAGAUGUACAGAUACCCAAGUAUGACCGCAGGUCAGCAGAUCUUACAUGGAAGGCCCCAGACAAUGAUGGUGGCAACCCAAUAAAAGGUUAUAUGGUGGAGAAGAAACCGCGAGGAGGUGAAUGGAUUCAAGUUAACAACUUCCCCGUGAAAGACACAAGCUACUCUGUGAUGAACUUACAGGAAGGUCAAGAGCUGGAAUUCAGGGUCAUGGCAAUCAACGAUGGUGGAUUAGGCAAACCAAGCAAGGCCACUCCCUCCCAUCUGGUGAGGGACCAAGUCUUUGCUGCUGGUGCGCCAUCAGCUCCGAAUGUUGACAAAAUCACCAAGAACUCGGUCGACCUGUCCUGGAAGAAGCCCAGCAAUGACGGAGGUGGUAAGAUUACUGGAUAUAUUGUGGAGAAGAAAAAGGCAGGAGAGGACUGGAAAGAGUGCGCUGAGGUCGCUGGUACUUCCUGUACGGUGCCAAACUUGAAUGAAGGUGACGAGGUUCAGUUCCGCGUAACCCCUGUCAACGCUUUUGGACCGGGCGAAGCCAGUCACCCAACUUCAGUGAUUAAGGUCGAGAACCAGCCAGAAAAGCCAUCCAUGGACAUGUCUGGUGUGAAGGAUGUCAAUGUGAAGGCUGGUCAAACCAUCACCAUCAAGAUCCCUUUCACAGGGUUCCCAAAACCUACUGCAGCCUGGGUCAAUGGCGACACUGACAUUGAAGACGAUUCCCGCACUGAUCUUAAGGUCAAGGAUGAUCAUGUUCUGUUGACCACCACCAAUGCAAAGAGGUCCGACGCAGGACGCUAUAAAGUCACCUUGAAGAAUGCAUCUGGAACGGAGUCUGCAAGCCUGGGUGUGAAAGUCCUUGACAAGCCUGCUGCUCCCACUGGUCCUCUGACUGCUUCAAAUAUCAAUGGAGAUGAAUUGACCUUGAAAUGGAACCCUCCUAAAGAUGACGGUGGCGAGCCCAUCAACAACUAUGUGGUGGAGAAACGAGUCGAUGGCACUGAUAGGUGGAUGAAGGUCAGCAGCUUCCUCACCACACCACGUUGUGUGGUCAGAAACCUUGACCCUGGCACCAAAUAUGAGUUCCGUGUGAUGGCAGAGAACAACAUGGGGGUCAGCGAUGCACUGGUCACUGAUGAGGCCAUCUUGGCCAAAUUGCCUUUCGAUACACCCAGUGCCCCAGGAACCCCCAAAUGUACUGGUACCACAGAGGACUCUAUCAGUUUAAGCUGGACACCGCCUCGCCGUGACGGAGGCAACCCUAUCCGUGGCUACGUUGUCGAGAAGCGUGAGAAGGGAGACGACAAAUGGACAAAGGCAACCUAUGGAGAGGUUUUGGACAACGAAUGCACAUGCAAGGGCCUUCAGGAUGGUAAGGAGUACGAGUUUCGUGUGGCAGCUGUCAAUGAAGCUGGACCUGGUGAUUUCGCAAUGACAUCUGAUGCCAUCAUGGCCAGGGCUCCUCCAGUGGCCCCUAAGAUCAGUCCUGACUAUGUUCCUCGGGACGUCAUCGCCAAGGCUGGAGAGGAAUUCAAGAUCGUAAUACCAUACAUAGGAAACCCAACCCCUAAAACCACCUGGAGUCUGAGUGGUGCUAGUGUACUGGAGGAUAGCCGCAUCAAAUUCAUAAAUGACCCCCUGGAGGUCAAGUUGGUCAACAAAAGCGCCAAGAAGAGUGAUGCCGGAAAGUACAACAUCAUGCUGCAGAAUGAGAAGGGUUUCGACUCCCUCUAUGUCAAUGUCAUUGUUGUUGAUUCUCCAGGUAAACCAGAGGGUCCCCUGGAGGUUAACGAUAUCACUCCUGACUCCUGUAAGCUGACAUGGUAUCCACCCAGGGAUGAUGGUGGUAGCCCCAUCACUAACUACCGUAUAGAGAAGAUGGACAAGAAGUAUGGUAACUGGGACAGUGUCACCAAGUAUGCACGUGGCACAAGUUUCGAAGUCAUGGACCUUGUUGAAGGUCAUGAAUAUUGUUUCCGUGUCAUGGCAGAAAAUGAGCAUGGAGUCAGUGAACCAUUAGAGACUGCUACAUCAGUGAUUGCUCAACAUCCAUACACUGCCCCUGACUCCCCUGGUAAGCCAACAGUGGAGGACGUGGAUGAGGAUUCUGUCACACUCAGCUGGACAAAACCAAAAAGUGAUGGUGGAAAGAAGAUCCUGGGAUACGUUGUUGAAUACCUUGAUCCUUACUCUGGCAGGUGGAAAGCUGCUAAUGACCUUCCAUGUUCAGAUACUAACUUCACAGUACCUGGACUGAAGAGGGACAAAGAGUAUGAAUUUCGAGUAAGGGCAAAGAAUGUGGCAGGCCUGGGAGAACCAAGUGCAGUGAUUGGCCCUGUCAUACCCAAACCGAAGUAUGGCAAGUCUGGAGCACCUGGCACACCAGUACCCUCUGCUAUUGGCAGAACCUAUAUUGACCUGAAAUGGGAACCACCCAAGAAUGAUGGAGGUAGCAAAGUCACGGGCUAUGUAAUCGAGAAAAAGCCCAAGAACUCUGACACAUGGACCAAGGCUAACAACUUCAAUGUGCGUGAACCCUACUUCACUAUCAAUGACCUUCCUGAAGGGGAGGAAUUUGAGUUCCGUGUGGCCGCCAUUACUGCUGCUGGGGUCGGAGAGUACAGUCUGAAUACAGCACCAAUCAAAAUCAAGGAGCCCAUUGUCGGAUCAGCAGCCGAGUUUACUAAGAAGCUGUACAAUGAGAAGGCCCCUCUCGGGGGUGAGGUCACAUUCUCCGUCCAGACACAUGGCAAGCCCCUGCCUGAAGUCAGUUGGUAUAAGAAUGGCGUUCCCAUCGGUAACACCAGCCGCACUAAGCUCACCCAGAACGAUGACAACUUUCUGUUCACACUCUCUGAUGUCGGGGAAAGUGAUGCCGGAGAAAUCCGCUGUGAAAUUUCAAAUAAUUUGGGACGGGAAUCCUGUUCCUGCCAACUUGCUGUCAUGUCUCCUCCCCGAAUGGAGAAGUCACUUCCUGACAAACAGGUGGAGCUUGGAGACCAGUUCAAGAUCAAGGUUCCCUUCAGUGGAACGGGACCGUUCGAAGUCAGUGUUUUGAAAGAUGGACGUGAAUUGAAAGAAGGUGGACGUGUGAAGAUCACAGAGUUUGAUGAUUAUGUUGUGUUAGUUCUCAAAGAAUCUGUCGAAGAUGACACUGGAGGUUACCAGGUCAAGGUGUCUAAUCCCAGCGGAGCAGCAAGUACAAGCUUCAAGCUGGGAGUUGUCAGUCCACCUGGAUCUCCGAGUGGGCCCCUAGCGGUGUCAGAAAUCACAAAAAGCACAUGUAGUCUUUCCUGGAAGCCCCCUAGGGAGCUAGGUGGAGGAAAGCUAUCACACUACGUGGUGGAGAGGCAAGAGAUUGGCAAACCAUACUGGGUCACAGUGUCGUCUCGCUGCAAGGAUACCAAGCAGGAUGUUCAGGGUCUAGUUGAGAACCACCAAUACUUGUUCAGAGUUUCUGCCGUCAACGAGUUCGGACAGUCUGAACCACUCAAGGCUGAAAAUCCAAUUGUGGCCAAAAUGCCAUUUGAUGCCCCGGGAUCUCCAGGUGUACCUGAGGUUACACAGGUGGGUGGAGACUUUGCCAGUCUCACCUGGGCCAAGCCCCAUUCCGAUGGUGGUGGUCGCAUCCUUGGGUACUGGAUAGACAAGAAGGAGCACCGUACCGACAACUGGAGCCGCGUCAACAAUCAGAUCUGUACCCCAAACAUCUUUAACGUGUCCAACCUUAUCGAGGACAAGCAGUACGAAUUCCGUGUGUAUGCCGAGAAUGAGGCUGGCAUGAGCAAACCUUCCAUGGCAUCUACUAGUGUAAAGAUCAAGGAUCCUGAUGCGGCUAUAUUGCCAGAGUUUGUUACGGGACUAAGAAAGAGUCAGUGUGUUGCUGGAAAGACCGCCAGAUUUGAGGUUGAAAUCACUGGCACACCUAAACCAGAUGUUACAUGGUUCAAGGGAAGUCGCGAGCUGUUUGAUGACAAUAAAUAUGAGAUCACAAAUGAUGGUAACCACUACUCCAUGGCCAUUAGGGAUGUGUUCGGAGAGGAUCAAGACGAGUAUUCUGUCCGUGCUGUAAACAAGGGAGGAUCUCGCAGCUCCAGGGCUGAUCUGGAAAUUAGAUCUCCUCCCAAGGUCAAUGUACCAGCAAGGUUCAAGGAUGUUAGUACAUUUGAAAAGGGUGAACCAGUUGUGCUGAAAAUUCCAUUCACUGGCAACCCCAAACCAUCUGUGCGAUGGGUACGAGACGGUCAAGAUGUACGGGGUAAAGAUUACUCAGAGGAGGUAGGGGAGAGACAUGCCGUCCUCACCAUUAACCAUGCCACCAAGGAGCAUGAUGGACCAUUCAGGAUCGUCCUUGAAAAUGAUCUUGGCACAGAUGAAGCCGUCAUUAAAAUACAGAUUAAUGAUCGCCCUGAUCCUCCACGCUUCCCUGUCGCGGAAAAUAUUCGUGAAGAUUCAGUUGUUUUGUCCUGGAAACCUCCAAUGAAUGAUGGUGGCAGCUUCAUCACUGGUUACGUGAUUGAGAAAUGCGAGCCCCCAUCACAGCACUGGGUCCGCAUAGCAAGUACAAGAAUGGCAUUCCAUAACGUGACUAGCCUUCAGAGUAACAAAGAGUACCAGUUCCGUGUGGCUGCUGAAAACCUUUACGGACUUAGUGAGCCCUGUGAACCUACAGCUACGAUUAAAACGGAUGAUGCUGAAUCUAAAAAGAAGAAGCAUAUGGAAGAUGAAUUUGGUAGAAAGAUCAGAGGAAAAGGACCAAAAAUUAGUGACUAUGACAAAUUUUAUGAAGAUUUAUGGAAGAAGUAUGUUCCCCAGCCUGUCACUGUGAAACAGGACAAUAUAUACGACUACUAUGACAUCCUAGAAGAACUGGGAAGUGGAGCAUUUGGUGUUGUCCACCGUUGCGUCGAGAAGAAAACUGGACGUGUGUUUGUGGCUAAGUUCAUCAACACUCCUUAUCCCCUAGACAAGGCCACUGUUCGCAAUGAAAUAAACGUGAUGAACCAGACCCACCACCCCAAACUCCUCACCCUACAUGAUGCUUUCGAGGACAAAUACGAAAUGAUUCUUGUCCUCGAAUUCCUAGCAGGGGGUGAGCUAUUUGACAGGAUUGCUGCUGACGACUACAAGAUGAAUGAGGCAGAGGUCAUCAACUACAUACGACAAGUGUGCGACGGUCUGCGUCACAUGCACGAGAACAGCAUUGUCCAUCUUGACAUUAAGCCAGAGAAUGUAAUGUGUGAGACAAAGAAGAGCACAGGAGUGAAGAUCAUUGACUUUGGUCUUGCAACCAAACUCAACCCUGAUGAGAAGGUGAAGGUCACUACGGCCACUGCUGAGUUUGCUGCCCCAGAGAUUGUGGAUAGGGAACAUGUAGGAUUCUACACAGACAUGUGGGCUGUUGGAGUCCUUGCCUACGUCUUACUGAGUGGGUUGUCUCCCUUUGCGGGCGAGGAUGACCUUGAGACAUUACAAAAUGUGUCGAUGUGUGAUUGGGAGUUUGCUGAGGAGGCAUUCUCCUCAAUCUCACCUGAGGCCAAGGACUUCAUUAGGAAACUCCUUGUGAAACAGCCAACGAGGAGAAUGACCGUACACGAGUGUCUGGAUCAUGCCUGGCUCAAGGGCGACUUGAGUGACCGCCAGACCAGGAUUCCGUCCAGUCGUUACGACAAGAUCAGAGCCAGAAUUGCUCAACGCUAUGCUGACUGGCCAGCACCUAUGCCUGCUAUUGGUCGCAUUGCUAACUACAGCUCCCUGAGGAAACACAGGCCCAAGGAAUACAACAUCUAUGAUGCUUACUUUGAUCGUAAGGAGGCCAUCCCCAAGUUUAUUCGUCGCCCUAGGAAUGUGGUAGUUGGAGAGAAUCAGUCAGCCAGGAUUGACUGUAAGGUCAUCGCAGCUUCCCCGCCCAUCAUCACAUGGCACUUCAAUGACAAUCAGCUGACCCAGAGUAUCAAGUACAUGCAGAAGUACAUGGGUAAGGAGUACCAGCUCAAGGUCAGCCGCUGCAAGGCAGAGGACAAAGGAGAAUACAUUGUGAUCGCACAAAAUUCCUUCGGACGUCGCGAGGAAAAGGCUACGAUAUCUGUGGAAUCCUUAACACCACUGACACCCAUGACCCCGAGCAGGUCUACCACCCCUAUGAGGAGAAUGUCACGAGCAAUGUCGGAGCCCCCAGAGCCACCCAAGGAUGAACCUCCCAAAUUCAGCUUUGAUCUCCGACCUCGUCUCAUCCAGUCAGGAAGUGACUUUAAGCUGAUCUGUUGUGUGCAGGCCCAGCCAGCACCAAAGGUGACUUGGUACAAGAAUGGGGUCGCUCUGGUAAAAGAUCGUCAUUACUCCAUUUUCUACUCCACUGGAGUUGCCUCCCUUGAGGUGCUGUCUGCCCGUGUUGAUGACUCAGGCCGCUACACUUGUGAGGCUAUCAAUGAGCUUGGAAAGGUGGAAACAAGCUCCAAAAUAACUGUUGAAGACCGAGCUUGUCACGAGGACAUCACAAAGGGGUCAGCUCUAACCUCUUCCACCUCACGCAUGGUGAGACGGACGACUGGUGGUCACGGCACGGAUGAGUCAAGCAGCUACCGCAGCGAGACCUCAUCUUCCACUACGACCUCGAACUCAAGGUCAAGCCGGCGUGUCAUAGAAGAAGUGUCUGAGGAUUCCAGCUCGUACUCAUCCAAACGGAGUGAGAGAAUGAAAUCUAAAGAAGAAACACCAUCUUUUGAAAAGAAUUUAGAAGCUAAAACUCUAAAUGAGGGUGAUCGCUUGAAGUUCUCCUGUUCCAUCAAAGGGAAGCCUGAACCAGAAGUGGAAUGGUUCCUUAAUGGCAAGAAGCUGAUCAGUGACUCCCUUGUGUCAAUCAAGAACAUUGCUGGUAUAUGCACACUGACCAUAGCCUCAGUCACAGAGGAUGAUGAGGGCACAUACCUCUGUAAGGUGACCAAUAGGGCUGGAGAGGCCUCGUCCAAAGCCACACUCAAGGUCAAUGCAAAAACGAAGAAAGAAAAUUGCGUAAUUGUGGAUCCUCCAAGAUUUCUAAGCCAUCCCCUUGGCCUGUGUCUGGUGGAUGGAGAUGCAACUACCCUGGAGUGUAGACUCUCUGGUAGCCCAGAUGUCACUUGGUACAGAGGCAAGGAGAAAAUAGUGGAUUCUGAAGACUUCCGGUAUGAGAGGGCGGGAGAUGUUUACAAACUAGUGAUUGUAGAGGUGUUUCCAGAGGACAGUGAUAUAUAUAGAAUUGAAGCCAGAAAUUCUGCUGGAACUGCCUCCAGUAGUUUCUCCAUUAGGGUAGAUGUACCAGAGGAGACACCUGUCGGCCCCGUGUUCCAAUCAUUCCCUCACUCUCAAAGUGUAGAUGAGGGAAAAUCCGUCCAGUUUUCUUGUCCAAUAAAAGAUGCAGAAACAGUUUUAUGGAGCAAAGAUGGUAGAACAUUAGAUGACACAGGUAGAUUCAAAAUCAGCCAAUCGGGAAGCAGUUUUAGUUUUGAAAUCCCUGCAGCCUUGGUAACAGACUCAGGUGUCUACUGCGUGGAGGCAAAGAGUGGUAAAGGCACUUGUAAGGGCGUUUUCACCCUGACUGUCGCUGUAAGUUCAUCACCAUGUGCAGAUAUUGACGUACUUCAGCUUAUUAAGAAGGCAAUGCAGUGAAGAUUGGAGUAUACUAAACCAGAACUGACGUUAGCAUACGUUGUGAUAACGAAGUAACUUGUGUAUUGAAUGUAUUGAUGGAUAUCGAGAACAUCGUGAACACCACAGCAGCAUUCGAUAGAGAAACAUCGGGAUUAACAAUGACAGAUACAUCAUAUCGAUUUGGAAAAACUUACUAUCACUUGUCCAACCAGAAUCCCCAGGUUUGACAGUGGGACCUUCUACGUAUCAUCAAACAUACAUAAUUUCGUUUGAUGUGUUACAUCCAGUGAGAAAGGAAAUGGAUUUUACUCACAAACAUAUUUUCAUUUAAAUGCUGUGCUGAGUGGCAGAAUAAAAGGUAUGGAAUCGGAAGACUAUCACAGCCAACAAUGACAGACACUUAUCUAACAGGUCAAUAUAUCUGCAGACUAUGGAAACAAACAGCAUAUCAAAUGAACUGAGGAGACUCGCAGAUUCAAAAGUUGUACUGUGGUCUUAAUUUGGUUGUUGUGCUUUUAUUAACAUUUUGAUUGAUAUAUUCUCAAAGAUAGGAGCCAGUUUGUGUAUUGGCGUGCGUCAUCAAAAGAUGCAUUUGAUGCAAAGAAUAUGAAAAGCUAAAUGUGAUUGAUUGCUUGCCUGGAAAGGAAGGACAUUUUUCACAGUUUUAUUAAGGAAUGUUUAGUGGUAUUUGGAGCGACAUUAAUACUCAUCAAUUAUAUUUAUUUUAAGAUUUAAGAUAACAAUUGUUUAAGACAACGCUAUAUAAUCAGGUUUUGUAUUGUUAAAUUGUCAUAUGUGUUGAUUUUACUCUAUAUUUUGAUAGUUCAUCAAUGAUAUAUUUAUAGUUCUAAUUAUUUAUUUGUUGGACGUUUCAGUCCAGAAGAUAAUCAUAUUUCCGGAGAGGGAUAUACAUACUACACAGGACAAUAAGUCGUUGCUAUAUAAGUUAUUUGUAAUUGUAUUAAAACCCACGACAUAAUGCCCGAUGUUCCAUUGCAAUUCUGAUGUAUCUGUUCUUGUUAUCAACACUUAAUGAGGAAGCUUUUUAGUCUCUCGAGGUAUCUUCACUUAACUUGGAGGUUUUGUAGUCUUAAGAGAGAUCUACACUUCUCCUGGAGUUUUUUGUGACCUAUCAAGAUAUCUACAGUUAACCAGGAGGUUUUGUGGUCUCUCGUGGUAUCUAAACCUAUCCUGGAGGUUUUGUGGUCUUUCGAGACAUAUUCAUGUAACCAAGUGGUUUUGUAGUCUGUCGAUAUAUCUACAGGUAACCUGGAUGUUUUGUGGUCUGUCGAGAUAUCUACAGUUAACCUGGAGUUUCUGUGGUCUCUCGAGGUAUCUGAAUUGAACCUUAAGGUUAUGUGGUCUUUUAACCUUGGGAUAUUGUGUUCUGUCAGGAUAUAUUCGUUUAACCAUUUUGGGGUUUCACAGAAUUGUUUUUGUGACUCCCAAGGAUAUCUACAGUUAGCCUUGGUGGUUUAUUACCUUUCGGGAUAUUAAUAUUUAACCUUGGGAUUAUGUGACUUCUUGGAAUAUCACCAUUUUUGUUGUCUGUCGGAAUAUCACGUGUUAACCUCGAAAAUAACCUUGACCUCAGUUUUGUAAUGAGACAUCGGAAGCAGACAAUGUCAUGUUCGAAAGACGAGAUACAAAAGGCACAAUUGGGUUUUAAUGUCCACUAAAAUUUAGUCCACCAAAACAUUUCAAAAUAUCAUUUUUUUGGAAACGUAAAGAAAAUCUAGAAAUAGGAUUUUAACAUUUUUAUAAUUUUUAAAACAUUUAUCGAGCAAAAAUAUAAGGAUAACACGAUUACCAAGGACAUGACCUGUGUUAACACAUUACACUAUAUAUAGCAUGAAUCCUUAACUUACCCCAUCAAAAGCUGCCGUCGUCCCAAAUUUAUCCUGCUUGUAAUAUAAUUUUCAAAAAUUAAUAAAUGCUAAUUUCUACUUUG